AUGAAUUCGCCAACUGCUUACAAUCUCGAUUCAAUUCCUGGAGAUUGGAAACUGGCCAUAAUUCAUUAGUCUGCUCAUAAAGUGGGAGUUGCUGGAAAAUAAAUAUGUCUUUGUUGUGGAUAUCACAUUUGUGAGUUCUAAUUAAAACUAUCAGUUGACAAAGAAGACCUCUCAUUUUUGGGUUCAGGAUAUCCCCUCUAUUUUACCUUCAUUAAAAACUGCAUUUUCUUAUUAUGUUUCCAUUUGAUGGCAGAAGGUCAGUUCAAUUUAAUAAGCAAUUACUAAGGCGAAGACUGUAUCCCUAAAAAAAGAGUGAAGUUUGAAACUGAUUAGGAAUGUGUGAGAGACAUUGUCACAAUGUUCUCCCUGGCUAAUAGAAGAAAAGAUUAAGAAUUGCAGGCAUUAUAAGACAUCUUAACAUUGUCUUCCACUUUCUUAAUGAUGGCAUUUCUAAUAUAUUUUAGAAAGAAUCAAAAAAAAUUAGAUGUUUUUUGUGAUUUAUAAGAAUUGACUCCUAGUGAUUACACAGUCAUGGCUUACAAUAUAAAUUAUCCAGAUAAAUUAAAACAAUAUUUUGAAAUCGAUUUAUUCAAAUUGUCAAGGAAGAUUAACGUGAAAAAAAUUAACUUAGCCUAUGAUUUGUCAAAAAUAAAGGAAAUAAAUUAAAUUAAACAUAACAUAUUAAACAAGAAAAAAUCAAGUUUCCUCAACUCUGAAUACUUCGACGAAAGGGAAUUGGAAGACAUUAACAACUAGAUCGAAGUACAGAAACAGAAUUGUGAUUUUACUGGAUUGGCUUUUGUAUCAUUCAAAUAUGAAAGGAUGAAAUCAGAUGUCAUUCAAGUUGCAAAAAGAUAAUACAUAGCCCCGAUAAUCAAUAUAUUCACUGGUCUGAACUUUAAUGAAGGCAGAAUGCUUGAUUAUUAUGGGCAUCCUAUAUAUGUCGAAGUAGCUCCAGAACCCACUGAUAUCAAUUGGGAUGUGAUCUAUAUCUGGGCCAAUCAUAGCAUCUAUAGAAGGAUCAUAGGAGCAAUUAUUAAUGUUAUUGUUAAUAUUAUCUUGUCAAUAGUAGUCUACCUUUCAAUUUUAAAGUAAGUGUAAGUCUUGGGAGAACUGACCAAAGACUAUCAUGGCAAUAACACAUUCGAUGAACACUACAUUAAGGUUCAUUUGUAUUCCAUAGGAUAUUCAAUGAUAACAGUUUUUAUCAAUUCGUUUUUGUUGGAUGAAUUGACGAGAGCAAUAGUUAGUUUUUAAGCCUACCCUACAUUUAGCCAAGUGAGUCUUGCUAUUGCAUCUAAACUAUCAUUUAUGAUGUUUCUGAAUUCAGUGUUCAUGCAAUGUUUGAUAGCCUUGGAAUCUGGUAACGUAUAUUAUGCAGGAGGACUCGCUUACAAUAUGACCUACUUCUUUAUAUCGAAUGCAGUAAUCCCACCCAUAAUUUAAGUGUUAGACAUUCCAGCAGUGCUUAAAUCAAUAAAGUAAUAUUAUUACAAGAAAUACGGAGUACUUACUUAACAAGAAUUGAACGAACUCCUCGAGUUUCCAGAACAUAAAAUUGAAGAAGGUUAUGCUGAAGUCCUUAAAACUAUGAAUGUGACCUUUUUUGUGGGUCCUCUCGUUCCAUUAGGAUAUAUUUUUAGUAUUAUUGGAUUGAUACUGUUUUACUGGGCUGAGAAGUAUUUGUUACUUAGGAGCAAGACUGUUAAACACACUCCUUCAUUUCAGCUAUCCUCGAGAAUGACAGACUCUUUACAACUGAUUCCAAUCAUCCACGUUUUCUCUACUUCAGCCUUUAAGUACUUCAUCCAGAACAAUUUAUCCCUCAUUUCGGUCAUCGGUUUAGUUAUAGCUUUGAUUUAUCAUUUUAUUCCCAAUAAUAGACUGGUUUCUUUGAUGUGGGAUUUCGGAGAACAUGACGAAUACGAAAAAUACUGUGAUUCCAUAUUUCCUUUCAAUUAUGAUAGGGAAAAUCCGAUUACUCAAAAGAAGGCUUUGAGGAGAUGGCUGAGGAGGUAGCACAGAUUUGAGGAAAGGAAAGAAAAAAAGAUGAAAUCUGGAGAGGAUUAUGCAACUUUGAAAUUGAAGGAAAGAGAAAUUAAGUUAUAACUUGAAUUAUUUUAAUGA